ACAAAAAAAAACCAACCCAUCGGUCGAGUUGCGAACAUUUGAGUUGAGCUUCAUCGGCCGUCCCUGGUCCCCAGAUUUCAGUACCCACAGCAGUUGACCCGAGUCGGCCGUGACCUGGUCAACCGCCCAAAACGCCCCCUACAACGCCCGCCAACAUCAGCACAAGCACAAACUCGCAGCCCCCUUUCGGGCCCAACAGCGGUCUUGGCCCCCCGCCCCCCUGGCGUCCAGUCGGCCGCUUCCUGGUCGUCUUGAAGCAAUUGUGAAACCGCCCGCCCAACCUGCUGGGUGCAGCCUUCUGGGUCGGACGGGGCAUCUGCACUGCACUGUCUUUGUUUUUCCCUGGGGUUUUCUGGGGGUGCAUCAUCGCCCGGGACCCCCCUGGCGCACCUCAUCACUGUUGUCUUGUGUGCGAGGCUGCGAUCCGUCAAAAAGAGUUGGGCGAGUGUAGCCGAUCGCCCUGGGCGCACUGUCCUGCCCGCCUGCCACGGCCCGCACGAGUGCCCGCCAGGGUUCGACUGACUGGGUCUCGCCUCGCGUGUUCAUCCCCACGACGAAGCCCCAGCUGGAAACAUUGCGAUUCCACAAAACAACGCCGAAUCCCCCACCCCUCGGCGCCAGGGAAACUCGGACGCACAUAAUCGAUCUCAUUUUCUCUUCUUUUUCUCCCCUUCUCUAGUGUGUUUGAACGGACGAACCCCAAAGCCGCGCCUGUCGACGACGUGUCUCUUUGCAUAAUUGUUCUAAUAUAUCUGGGCUGCUCGCUGCGCUGUGUAUCUGCCUCUUGCGGCCUUCGAAUUUCCAUUAUUUUUUCCCUCUACUGUUCUUCUGCUUUCUUUUUCGGCACUAAUUCUGUCGCUUCGACUCUUUCGCCCUUCGCUAUCGAACUCUGUCGGAUUUUUUCUUGCGUAUUCCUUUUUUUUUCUUUCUUUCCCCUCAGCUCUAUCUAAUCCUAGUGUUCUGUCGCUUGUCUAGCUUGUGGUCUAGCCGCAUCGCCGACGCCGGGGCACUCCGUUGGGCAUCUCCUUUUGUGAUAGAUCCGGAUCUGCGCGCACAUAAUUCUUGUUUGCCUUUCCCCUGCGCUUUUUUGUACUCUUUGCCUUGUCCGUUUCUCUAGUCGGGUCUUUCCUGCCUGUCGUAUUUGCGGUCCCUUUGUUCUGCGCUUGGUUCCUUGCUGGGCACCUUCCCACCUUUCGAUCGUCACCCGUCUUUAGCGCACCUGCCUUCAGCUGCACGGUUGCCUGUCGGCCAGGGCUGACUGCUACGCCACGCGACCCCAAAACCAACCCCCUUUGCCGGAUCCCCAUCCAGGACUUGCUUCAUUUUGUUCAUCUCCUUAUUCUAUCAUCCACCCUGCAUCCUGACUUGGGCUGCGCCGUCGCAGUCUAGUAUCAUACCCGAAUCCGCAGCCAACCCGCGCCAUCGUCCAAGAUGUUUGCCCACCAUGAGCCAGCGCAUGUUGCCAGCUCGCUGAAGCGGGGUCGCGAGGACGAGGCCGUGUGCGAUCUUGGGAACGGCGGCAUGCUAGGCUUCACGGAGCAUCGCAGUAAACGGCUACACACUCUUCCUCUUAGGGGAGGACCUUCUCUCAGCACUUGGGCGCCGCCAUCGACCGUGCCCGAAUCCUUCUCCCAGCGCAUGCCGAAUGCCAUCACGCCGUCCGACUCGGAUCCUGACGAGGCGGCCGCCCAGUAUGGCCGCUUCGUUCCGCAGCACCACGAGCAACACCAGCCCAGGCCACACAACCAAGACGCCGACAUGGAUAUGAUGAUGGACUCGGUCGAAGAUGACUCGGGCUCUUCAAUCGCGGCCGGCAACUUGGAGCCGGGCUCCUUCCACCCUGACUCGAUCGGCGCCAGCAUUACGGGCCGCAUGCCGACGCCAAUCCUGCCCAGCUUCGCCGCCCAAGUCCGAGGCAACAACUGGGGCGGGGCUGCCGGCAACGUGAUGCAGAGCGGCAACACAGCUGACCACCACCCUAAGUAUGUGAACUAUGCCGACGGCGGCUUCACAUCCUCCCCCGGCGGCACGGGCAUGGGCAUGGUAACGUCGCCAAUCCACGACCGUACCGUACCGCGCUCUCUGGAGCACCCGUCUGCCAUGAUGGCCGACUGGAAUAUGGUGCAGAACCGACCCCUGCCGUCGCCUAUUAGUGAGAGCGGCGGCGAGGAGAUCGGCAGCCCCGACAUGGUGCUCGAUUGCGCGCCUUCGUCCGGCAUGCACCCAUUCCCGCCGCAGCGUGCUGUCUCAGCCAUGGAGCUUCCCAUGUACCUGCGGGGCAGCAGCCCCCCCGCGAUGGACGCCGCGCUGCCAUCAUCGCCCCCGCAGGAGCAUCCUAAUCUGCAUCAGUACGCACAGCACUCGCCGCAACAGCAGCGCCAGGGUAGCCCCGCCGCCGAAAGCACCUCGCCCUCGCCCAAGAAGGGACACACGCGCUCGCGGCACACAGUCAACAACUGGACCCAGAACCUGGGCAUGAAGAAGUCGUUCAGCAUAGGGUACCGUGCAGACUGCGAAAAGUGCCGGCUCAAGGUCCCCGGCCACUUUAACCAUAUCAUUGUCUCGUAGAGUCUCUUUGUAUCCUUUGUUUCCACUGUCUGUAUACCUCGGGCGGGAUGUUGCAUUAUACCAGCGGCAUUUACUGGUAUCACCAAGCCUACGCUAUGGCUAUACUUCCCACGUACAUUCUCGUACAUCCACGUACCUUUCUUUUGUCUUGGGCCGAGAUUUGGGAGUUAGGGGCACGGUUGUUAUUCCUCGCUGUUAGUAGCCAGCACCUACCUAUUACCCCCCAUCGCCAUUGUACCCUCCAGAUACGGGGAACAGCGAAAUAAACGGAUUUUCCACGAGUCCAAUCACUUUGACUGCCGCCGGACAUAUGGAUGGCGAGGAGGGUAGGAAAG